UCCCAGCUUCCGGUGUAAACGGAAGGCAGCAGAAGAGAGCAGUACUGCCUUGUAACGUCAAGUGUGCAGCACAUGGACGGAGAAAGACAGUCUUAUUAUUUGUUAUACAGUUUGAAAUAUUUACGUCGUAUAAAAUACAUCUUUGAUUCUUUCUUUAAGGAUAAAGUCGUAUCGAUGCGCUAGAAGCACUGUGCCGCUUCUCGUGCUAUCUUUGCUUGUUAGUUAGCUUAGCUGGCUAGUUAGCUUAGCUUGUUAGCUGCUAACAGAAGACACAGAAGUUAUCAACACAUCGCUAAGUAGAGAUCAAGUGUGAGAGUAAAGUGUUGUGAUUGUGUGAAAAUGUGCGAAAGAACUAUAGCAAAGUAUGAGGAGGAACUUUGUCUUACAAAAGAGGAGAAGGAGCGACAACAUCAACUACUGGACGCUGUUUUCAAGAAACAUCAAGUUGUGUUACACAGAACAGACAUCCAGCAGCCUCCUCACAUUAAAGAGGAAGGGGAGGAUCCACAGCCCCCCCACAUGAAAGAGGAAGAGGAGGAAGUGUGGAUCAGUCAGGAGGGAGAGUGUCCUGUAGGGCAGGAGGAGGCUGAUGUCAGCAAGUUUCCACUGACUGUUGUCUCUGUGAAGACUGAAGAGCAUGAAGACAAACCACCUGAGUCCUCACAGCUUCAUCACAGUCCAAACGUCCAGCAGGUGUCAGCAGAGAGUCAUGAAGAGAUUCCCUCCAAGCAGCAGGAGUGGAGCUCCAGUGUGGGACAGAAGAAGCUCGAGCCCACUCAUAUAGAGGAAGAAGAGGAACUGUGGGAGCAGCUUCCAAGGUUGGAGGAGGUUAAUGACGAAGAUGAUAUAAAGUCAGAACCAGACAGCAUCUUUGCUCCACUGUCAGACAUGGACCACAUGAUGUCACACUCUUCUGAUCACAGUGACCACAUCCAAAAACCUUUAAAAAGUAAAAAUGACUCUGAAGGUGAUACGAGACAUCAAAAUAACAACAAACACUUUGACUGCUCUGAAUGUGAAAAAUCUUUUAGACAUAAGAGUAAUUUUACAGUACACAUGAGAACACAUACUGGAGAGAAACCUUAUACUUGCCCUGUUUGUAAGAAGAGUUUCUCCAGAAAGCAAUACAUGACCACACACAUGACAAUACAUACUGGAGAGAAACCUUUUACUUGCUCUGUUUGUAAGAAGAGUUUCCCCAGAAAGAAUGACAUGACCACACACAUGAGAACACAUACCGGAGAGAAACCUUUUGCUUGCUCAAUUUGUGCUAAAAGAUUCAACGCUAAGAGUAUCAUGACAUUACACAUGAAAAUACACACAGGUGAGAAACCUUUCACUUGCUCUGUCUGUAAGAAGAGCUUCAUCAGAAAGCAUCACAUGACCACACACAUGAGAACACACACUGGAGAGAAACCUUUUACUUGCUCUGUCUGUAAGAAGAGUUUCUCCAUGAAGCCUGACAUGACCACACACAUGAGAAUACAUACUGGAGAGAAACCUUUUACUUGCUCUGUUUGUAAGAAGAGUUUCUCCACAAAGCGUAACAUGACCACACACAUGAGAACACACACUGGAGAGAAAACUUUUAUUUGCUCUGUUUGUAAGAAGAGUUUCUCCAGAUGGCAACACAUGAUCACACACAUGAGGACACACACUGGUGAGAAACCUUUUCCUUGCUCUGUUUGUAAGAAGAGUUUCUCCAUGAAGCCUGACAUGACCACACACAUGAGAAUAAGUUGUGUGCAUUUAUUGAAUAUUAUAUAUGUUGCUAAAUUUUUAUUCUAUUUUCCCAUUGUUAAAGAGAGGUCAUCUUAUUUUUUAUUUUUUUUUCCAACACAUUUUUUCCAUCGCAUUUUAUUGAUGUUAUUCUCCAAUUAAAAGUAUGAAUUAAUAACAUUGUUAAAAAAAUUUGGACCCUAAGUUCGGACACAGAUUCAUCGUCAUCGUCAUCGUCAUCAUCAUCAUCAUCAGAAUACUGGAUGAAACUUUAACAUUACUUUUUUUAAUAUAAGUGUGACCUCAAUAUUCCUCGAUAAUAAGACUAAAAAUAUAGAUUUAAGUACCAUAUUAGAGUGCCUCUUGUAGUACUCCACCUCGCCA